UAAAAUCCGUACAAAACUAAAAGUUGUCUACAAAAGGCUUUUAAAAAAUAUAUAUACAUAAUAAAUUGUCUUAAUUGUGAAAUGUCGUCGAAAAAAUUAUUAAAAGAAGCCCGGGAAGCUAUAAAUAAUAAGGAUUAUCAAAAUUGUGUAAAACUCUGUAAGGAAAUUUUAAGUGAAGAUAGAAAUAAUUAUAUGGCAUUAGUAUUUUUUGGAAUAUCUCUUCAAGAAGUUGGACCCAUUGAACAAGCUCAAAAUGCUUUUAAAAAGGCGAUACAGUUAAACAAUUCAAAUUGGAUAGCUUAUAACGGUUUAGCAAGUUUAUAUGAAAAACAUGGAAAUGAGGAAGAGAAAAAAGAAUUGUUUAAAAUUUAUCAAAUUAUAAUUAAAUUAGAUUGGUAAGUAAUUGACUCAUUUCAGUGG